UGCCCGGCGCCUGCGGCUCCAGACGCAUCGCGGCGGCUCCGGUAAAGCACCGUGAGGAGAAACAGCGGGAGAGCAGGGCUAGGGAGUGGGGAAAAGAAAGAAGAAAACCCGAGGAAAACGUCUCCAAAACUUCCAGCUCCUUCCAGCGCAGCCCCACACCGGUGAGACCCGCGCCAUGCCCAGCCACCCCGCCGGCGCCCUGCUGUUGGUGCUCGCCCUCUGCGCCCUCCUGGAAGACGGUAUGGGCCACCCUCCGCUGGAGUCCCCCCUGGCUUCGCACCCGAGGACCAAGCGAUGUUCCUGCAAUAGCUGGCUGGAUAAGGAAUGCAUCUACUUCUGUCACCUGGAUAUCAUCUGGGUCAACACACCUGGGCACACCGCUCCCUAUGGCUUGGGGAGCCCUCCGAAGCGGCGCAAGAGAGCGCUCGGCAGGUGCGAGUGCUCGCACUCGAGGGACAGCAUCUGCGCUGCCUUCUGCCAGGCGAAGCCUGGGUACCUUCAGAGUCUGAAGCUCCCAGUGAGCUCUGGAGCAUCAAUGAAGUCUCUGCAGAGCAGUGGUGUGAGGCCUUCCCAUCAUGGCCUGCUGAGAGCUCUCAGGGAUCUUGCCAUCUCCAGCCUGCAGUUCAGCAAGCAUCAGCAGCGUUCCCGGAGGAGCGCACAGCCAACAGUUUUGCCUUGGAAGAAAAACAUCUGGAAGAAGAAGAGAUAAGAAACAGGUGCAUGCCAAGUUCACCAGAAGAAUAUGGGAGUCCUGUGGGUGCCGCUAACUCCGCUGUCGGUAGUUAGAGCUGAAGGAAAGGCCAUGAGUGGAAGGGGGAAGAAGUGGAAGUCUCCAUGCUCCUGUUGCGUGAACCAGUACUGAAUGCACUCCAGAGACUGUUGUAAAGGGAAAACUCUCUCUAUACAGUCAUAGAUGUGUCGUGGAGCUGAAUUGUGCCUUUUUGGAUCAGGCAAGGGUCCUGCUGGAGGAGUACUAGCUUAACUCUGCACCGGAGUCUUAGGCAGAGGGUCAGCCCGUGCUGGGCAGUUGAAUCACAUAGAAACCAGGCGGUUCCGUGCACUUCUGGACCUGGCAGCACUGAGCCCAUAUCUCUGUCCUGCUCUGCUCUGCCUUUGAGCCAUGUCCAGGCAUGGUCCCAGCUUGGCCCCAGUCAGAGGUGGUUUGGCUGGUCAUUGUAGAUGGAGAUAAGCUACCUCCAGUGCGAGCCCACCUUUGCACUUUCUUCUCUUACUUGCCAGGCAGUCCGAUGUGCAUGUGAAUGAGACUCCCAUGGUAAAUCAGCUCCCAGUUUUAAUUAAAACAAGUGUACCAUCUAGAAGCCUGAAA